UGCUGACGUCAUUCUCCAAGUUGCCUCCUCCAGCACAAGUGUCUUGCAUCCACCCGUUCAGUAUGAGCAGCGCCGCCUCCAACUACGUCGACGAGCACCACGGCUUCGGCACCACAGCCAUCCACGAAGGCCAGGCUCCGGACGAGCACACGGGUGCUGUGGCCGUGCCCAUCACGCUUGCCAGCACCUUUGCGCAGGCGUCCCCUGGCGUCGUGGCCGGUCGCAAUCAGGCCAAUUCGUUUGGCAAGGGUUGGGAAUACUCGCGUACGGGCAACCCGACGCGUGGCGCUCUGGAGCGCGCGCUGGCUGCCUGCGAGAAGGGCCGCUUCGCCGUCUGCUUCUCGUCGGGCAUGGCUGCCACGACGGCUGUGACCCAUCUGCUUAAGCACGGAGACCACGUGCUGUGCAUUGACGACGUGUACGGUGGCACGCAGCGCUACUUCCGCCAGACCGUCAACCCUACGUACAAUAUCGAGUUCGACUUCACGGACUUUGGUGACUUGAACAAGGUAGAGAAGCUGCUGCGUCCCGGCCAGACCAAACUCAUCUGGAUCGAGACUCCUACCAACCCGACGCUCAAGAUUACGGACAUCCGUGCCGUGUCUGAGUUCGCUAAGAAGCACAACCUGCUUCUGGCCGUGGACAACACGUUCAUGUCGCCUUAUUUCCAGAACCCUCUGACUCUGGGCGCCGACAUUGUCGUGCACAGUAUCACCAAGUACAUCAACGGCCACAGUGACGUUGUGGGCGGAGUGGUUGUCACUAACUCGGAGGACAUCAACACUAAGCUACGUUUCAUCCAGAACGGCAUCGGUGCCGUGCCCGCCCCCUUUGACUGCUACAUGGCGCUGCGUGGUCUCAAAACUCUGCACGUUCGUAUGGCCACUCACGCCAAGAACGCUCAGGCUGUUGCUGAGUACCUGGAGGCCCACCCUGCCGUCGAGAAGGUGUGCUACCCCGGGCUCAAGUCCCACCCGCAGCACGAGAUCGCCAAGACGCAGGCGUCUGGCUUCGGUGGCAUGGUCACGUUCUACGUCCAUGGUGGCCUGGAGAAGGCCCGUGCCUUCCUGGAAAACCUCGAGGUGUUCACGCUGGCUGAGAGUCUUGGCGCUGUCGAGUCACUAGCCGAGUCCCCCGCUAUUAUGACGCACGCUUCCGUGCCCCCGGAGGUGCGUAAGGAGAUCGGCAUCUCCGACAGCCUCAUCCGUCUGUCCGUCGGCAUUGAGGGCCUCCCGGACAUCAUCGCCGACCUGGAGCGCGCGCUUGCCGCCGAGCCCAAGUCCUCGUAGAUUGAUAGACCCAAUAUACGCAGCAUUUUCGCUACAAGCAGCUCUUUUUCUUACUUAAUUUCCUUCAAUUGUACCAAUUUGAACGUGAA